CCUUUCUCUCCGCCGAGCUUUCCCUCUCUCCAGUGUAUUAUAAAACUGAUGCUUAAUUGAGACAAAUCCGGAAUUGUAUGAAAAGUUAUCUUCCUCUCUCUACCCCCCUCCGUGAGUGGGCUGGGCCGUGGGCCGGAAGCGGAAGUGCUGGCCAGCGUCUGCGGGUUCCGCUCUGGCUAUGGAGGAGUCUACGAUCAGGGAACCGGUGCUGGACGCCAAAUCAGAGGUCACCUGCCAGGUGAGUGACCGCCCCACGCUGUCGCAGCUGCGGCCAUGCCGUCCCCGCCCCUCUUCGUGGGUCCUUCCCCAGGGUUGCAUUUUCCCCUUGGACCUGAGGGGAUAGCCGCUGCCAGUGUGAUUUAGGGUGCUCUGCCCACAGAAUGCAGACCAAGCCUUGUUCCGUCUUAAUUAGUCAGCCUUUAUGCCAAGCUUAUAGAUUUUCAGUGGAAACUGGGCAUGGCUGUGAGCUCUGACAGCUGCAGAUCCCUCAAGUAUCCGUAUGUGGCAGUGAUGCUGAAAGUAGCCGAUCAUUCUGGCCAAGUGAAGAGCAAGUCCAUCGAAAUGACAAUCCCACAGUUUCAGAAUUUCUACAGACAGUUCAAGGAAAUUGCUGCUGUAAUGGAAACUGUGUGAGAACUGACUUAUGAUUCUAAAGUAAUGGACUCUACUUUCCAAAAAAGAACUGCAUAUGGAUCAAAGGAUAUUUAUACAACGAAAAUUGCACUUCUGGGACUGGAGAGAUGGCUCAGAGGUUAAGAGAAAUGGUUGUUCUUCCAGAGGAUCCAGGUUUAAUUCCCGUACCCACAUGGCAGCUCACAACUGUCCAUAACUCCAGUACCAGGGGAUCCUACACCCUCCCACAGACAUCUAUGCAGGUAUAAUUUUUAUACCAGUGGUAUAAAAUAAAAAAUUAAAGAAUUUCACUUCCUAAUUUUUUCCCAAUUGUUAAAAAAUCUGAUCAACUCAAAUUAUUUUAGUGGUGACCAAAGCUUUGCCUUUUCAAUGAGCUAAAAGUGUCUGUUGAAUACUAAUGUAUUACAUAAUGAUAUAUGUAAUUAUAUCUUAACAGAUAAGUAAAUAAUACUCUUAAAUGCAGCACAGCUUUGUAUAUCAGGAGAAAAUUUUCAAAUCUUAUUGAUACAGAUCUAACUUUAUGAAUAAAAUCUUGUCUGGAACUUA